AUGCACCCACCAUCUCUCCAGCUCCUCCGAGCUCUGCGUACCUCCCUCACGAAGGGCCCCAAAUCCACCGGGCCACUCUGCGCAACCCCAAAUCGAAUUCAGCCUCUCAGCUCCUUCCUCAACCACCACCGCAACUACAGCAAUGGGUCCUCCAAUUCCCCGGCACCCAUCCGUCCAACGCGCAUGGUCUCACGCUCCCACCCAGCAAAGCCGCGCAGCCAUGACCGCGGUCCCCCAUCGCAAGAAGAUACCCAGACUGAUUUUGCCGCUCUAAAUGUCCUCGGGAAUAUUCCUGCGCCGACGACCGCCGUUGACGCCUGCCUAGACUCUGGCUUUCAUCUCGAUAACGGGGUGAAGAUUACAGAUGGCGAUGGUGUGUUGCUAAUUGGUGGGGAGGCGUUCUCGUGGAGGCCAUGGAAGGCAAGAGAAGACGGGGAGAAGAGUGGCAUGGUAAAUGCAAAGGGUCAGUUUGAGGUUGACGAGCAGGCUUGGGGGGUUUUGGAUUUGGUUUGGCCUCGUCCUGAUCUAUUGAUACUUGGAAUGGGAGCCUCGGUGAUGCCAUUAUCUCCAGAGACGAGGAAGCAUAUCAACUCUCUGGGAAUUCGGGUCGAAGUUGUGGAUACGAGGAAUGCUGCCGCGCAGUUCAAUCUGCUCGCCACAGAGCGUGGAGUUUCCGAGAUUGCUGCAGCGAUGAUCCCUAUCGGGUGGAAGAUGAUGUGA